CCUGGUUCCCAACUCAGCCACCAGAUUCCGCAGGACAGAGCAGGCCCCAAACUUGUCCCUCUCCACUCUGCCUACUCAUCCCCCACUAUGUUUCUUGUUCUUGUAGCCACUGAGGAAUUAAAGGAAUUCUUUGCCAAGGCGCGGGCUGGCUCCAUUCGGCUCAUCAAAGUUGUCAUUGAGGACGAGCAGCUCGUGCUGGGUGCCUCUCAAGAGCCAGUGGGUCGCUGGGACCAGGACUACGACAGGGCUGUGCUUCCACUGCUGGAUUCCCAGCAGCCCUGCUACCUGCUCUUCCGCCUCGACUCACAGAAUGCUCAGGGAUUCGAAUGGCUCUUUCUUGCCUGGUCACCUGAUAAUUCUCCGGUGCGGCUGAAGAUGCUCUACGCAGCGACACGGGCCACAGUGAAGAAGGAGUUUGGGGGUGGCCACAUCAAGGAUGAACUCUUUGGAACAGUGAAGGAUGACCUCUCCUUUGCUGGGUACCAGAAACACCUAUCAUCCUGUGCUGCACCUGCUCCACUGACCUCAGCUGAGAGAGAGCUCCAGCAGAUCCGUAUCAACGAGGUGAAGACAGAGAUCAGUGUGGAAAGCAAGCACCAGACUCUGCAGGGCCUCGCCUUCCCCCUGCAGCCUGAGGCCCAGCGGGCACUUCAGCAUCUCAAGCAGAAGAUGAUCAACUACAUCCAGCUGAAGCUGGACCUGGAACGGGAGACCAUCGAGCUGGUACACACAGAGCCCACAGAUGUGGCCCAGCUACCCUCACGAGUGCCCCGAGAUGCUGCCCGCUACCACUUCUUCCUCUAUAAGCAUACCCAUGAGGGGGACCACCUUGAGUCUGUGGUGUUCAUCUACUCCAUGCCGGGGUAUAAGUGCAGCAUCAAAGAGCGCAUGCUGUACUCCAGCUGCAAAAGCCGCCUCCUUGACUCUGUCGAGCAGGACUUCCAGCUGGAGAUCGCCAAGAAGGGUCCCUGCCCCAGGGCCCUGCACCCUCUGUCUCUCUUGGUGCAGGCUGCAAUGCUGGCUGUGGCCUUGGCCCUGGGUGCUCUGCCUGCCUUCCUGCCCUGCGAGUUCCAGCAGGGUAGUCUGGUGGACUGCAACUGGCUGUUCCUGAAGUCCGUGCCCCACUUCUCUGCAGCAGCACCCCGUGGUAAUGUCACCAGCCUUUCCUUGAUCUCCAACCGCAUUCACCACCUCCAUAACUUUGACUUUGUCCACCUGCCUAACCUGCGGCGUCUCAACCUCAAGUGGAAUUGCCCCCCGAUCAGCUUCAGCCCCAUGCACUUUCCCUGCCACAUGACCAUCGAGCCCCAAACCUUCCUGCAUGCGACCAAACUGGAAGACCUGAACCUGAGCUACAACAGCAUCACCACUGUGCCCGCCCUGCCCAAAUCCCUAGUAAACCUGACCCUGAGCCACACCAACAUUCUGGCACUAGACCAUACUAGCUUUGCUGGCCUGCAUGCCCUGCGCUUUCUAUACAUGGAUGGCAACUGCUACUACAGUAACCCAUGCAGCGGAGCAGUGGAGGUGGCUCCAGAUGCAUUUCUUAGCCUGCGCAAACUCACCCACCUGUCGCUUAAGUAUGACAAUCUCACAGCAGUCCCCCRCAACCUGCCUCCCAGUCUGGAGUACCUGUUUCUAUCCUACAACCACAUUGUCAAACUGACAAGUGAGGACCUGGACAAUCUGACUGCCCUUAGAGUGCUUGAUGUAGGCGGGAACUGCCGUCGCUGUGACCAUGCCCGCAACCCCUGUGUGGAGUGCCCUAACGUCUCUCUCCAACUGGAUCCUGACACCUUCAGCAAACUAAGUCAUCUUGAAGGCUUGGUGUUGAAGGACAGUUCUCUCUAUACACUUGAUAGCUCAUUGUUCCAAGGUCUCAGAAACCUCACUGUGUUAGACCUGAGUGAAAACUUUCUCUACGAAUGCAUCACCAAUACCUCGGCCUUCCGGAACCUGACACAGUUGAGCAAGCUCAACCUGUCCUUCAAUUACCGCAAGAGGGUGUCCUUUGCCCACCUGCAUCUGGAAGACUCCUUUAAGAACCUGAUCUCACUGCAGGAGCUGAACAUGAACGGCAUCUUCUUCCGAUCACUCAAUGAGAACACGCUUAAGCCGCUGACCCAUCUGCCCCUUCUCCACACACUGCAUCUACAAACGAACUUCAUCAACCAGGCCCAGCUCAGCAUCUUCGGGGCCUUCCCUGGCCUGCACUUUGUCGAUCUUUCAAACAACCGCAUUAGUGGAGCUUCAAAGCUGACAAUCACCACUGGGGAGGCAAAUGAUUGGAAGCAAGUCCAAAUGUGGUCUAGGGAUCUYGCUCCAGCCCCACUGGACAGCUCCAGCUCUGAAGAUUUCAUGCCUAGUUGCAGGUCCCUCAAAUUCAUUUUGGACCUGUCUAGGAACGACCUGUUGACAAUCCAGCCAGAGAUGUUUUCCAACCUCUCACACCUCCAGUGCCUCAGCCUGAGCCACAAUAACAUUGACCAGGCAGUCAAUGGCUCAGAGUUCCGGCUGCUGACUAGUCUUCAGGUGCUGGAUCUUUCCCAUAACAAAGUGGACCUGUACCAUGGGCGCUCGUUCACAGAGCUGCCGAACCUGAAGGCUCUGGAUCUCAGCUACAAUAGCCAGGCCUUCAGCAUGCAGGGUGUAGGCCACAACCUUAGCUUUGUGGCCCAGCUGCACACCCUGCAAUUCCUCAGCCUGGCACACAAUAACAUCCACAGUCGUGUGUCACAGAAGCUCAGCAGCACCUCACUGCAGGCCCUGGACUUCAGUGGCAAUGCUGUGAGCCAUAUGUGGGGUGAGGGAGACCUCUAUCUCCACUUCUUCCAAGGUCUGAGAGGCUUGCUUCGGCUGGACCUGUCCCAGAAUCUCCUGCAUACCCUCUUGCCCCGCUACCUGGACAACCUCCCCAAGACUCUGCAGCUGCUGCGUCUCAGUCACAAUUAUCUGGCCUUCUUCAACUGGAGCUGCCUGGCCCUCCUGCCCAAUCUGAAAGCCCUGGACCUGGCAGGAAACCAGCUGAAGGCCCUGAGCAAUGGCAGCCUGCCCAAUGGAACACAGCUCCAGAGGCUAGACCUCAGCAGCAACAGGAUAAGCUCUGUGGACCCAGGCUUCUUUGCCCUGGCAGUGGAGCUGAAAGAGGUCAACCUCAGCCACAAUGCCCUCAAGACGAUUGAGUCUUCCUGGUUUGGGCCACUGACCUAUUCCCUGAAAACAUUCGAUGUGAGUGCCAACCCUUUGCACUGCGCCUGUGGGGCGGCCUUCGUGGACUUCCUGCUGGAGGUACAGAACGCUGUGCCAGGUCUGCCCAACCUUGUGAAGUGUGGCAGCCCGGGACAGCUGCAGGGAAAGAGCAUCUUCGCGCAGGACCUGCGCCUCUGUUUGGAUGAGAGGCUCUCCUGGACUUGCUUCGGCUUCUCGCUGCUGGCUGUGGCUCUGGGUCUGACUGUGCCUGUGCUACAGCACCUCUGUGGCUGGGACCUCUGGUACUGCUUCCACCUGGGCCUGGCCUGGCUUCCCCUGCGGCGCGGCACCCGCGCCCUGCCCUACGAUGCCUUCGUGGUCUUCGACAAGGCGCAGAGCGCGGUGGCUGACUGGGUGUACCAUGAGCUGCGGGUGAGGCUAGAGGAGCGUCGCGGACGCCGCGCGCUCCGUCUUUGCCUGGAGGAGCGGGAUUGGCUGCCGGGCAAAUCACUCUUCGAGAACCUGUGGGCCUCGGUCUAUGGCAGCCGAAAGACUCUCUUUGUGCUGGACCACACGGAUCGGGUCAGUGGCCUCUUGCGCACCAGCUUCCUGCUAGCCCAGCAGCGCCUGCUGGAGGACCGCAAGGAUGUCGUGGUGUUGGUGAUCCUGCGCCCGGACGCCCGCCGCUCCCGCUACGUGCGGCUGCGCCAGCGCCUCUGCCGCCAGAGCGUCCUCUUUUGGCCCCACCAGCCCAGUGGUCAGGGCAGCUUCUGGGCUCAGUUGAGCACGGCUCUGACCAGGGACAACCGCCAUUUCUAUAACCGGAAUUUCUGCCAGGGACCCACUGCCGAAUAGCGUGGAGCUUCAGUG